AUGUAUGGUUUAAUCCACAGACCAGUGCCACCGGAUAUAGACCAGCCACAAAAACUCAAACUUAUUGAUGAACUUGGAAGAAUCACGAGAUUUUUGGAGGGAAUAUUUGAAUAUUUAAGAAUAAGCCCAGCAUCUAAACCAUUGAAGAUAAUUGUUGAUUUAGUAUUGGCUCUGUUGACUAAUCCUGUAGCUUAUAUUGACUACAACAUAGAGAUUACAGAAACUGUUUUGAAUGGUGUUCCAGUCCAUAUUUAUACGCCAUCACGUCAAACUAAACCACUUCCGGUAUUUGUCUUCUUUCACGGUGGUGGUUGGACCUGGUUUUCUGUUGGUACAUACAAUGCAGCUCUGAGAAAUUUUGCCAAUAAAACAAAUCAUAUUGUAAUAGCGGUGGACUACAGAAAAGCCCCACAAGAUGUAUUCCCAGCUGCAUAUGAAGACUGUUUAGCAGUUACAGAAUAUGUGAUCUAUAAUCAUACUAAUUUUAACAUCAAACCCGAUUCUAUCUCAGUAGCUGGUGAUGGUUCUGGUGGAAAUCUGGCAGCUGCCGUUGCUAUCACAUUAAAAGAUAACAUUAGACUACAGUUACUUAUUAAUCCUGCCUUACAGAUGAUGAACUUUAAAACGCCAUCUUAUAUAGAUAAUAACGAUAUCCUUGCAGGGUUAACGUCACCGGAGAAGUCAGCAGCAGCUUGGUUAAGAUAUGCUGGAAUGUCCUUGGACUUUAAACCCAUAUUAUUACAAAAUAAACACAUUUCUUUGAAACUCCAUUCAAAAUAUUGGAGUUUAAUCAACAGCAAGGAACGUAUUCCAAAGCAUUUAAACAUAACUCGGAGAAAAACUGUCCGUCCUAAACAACAAUCUGAAAGGAUAUCAGUUGUGUUUGAUUCACUCGUUAAAGACUAUCGACUGUGUCCUAUGUUUGCUUCUGAUGUAUCAGGAGUUCCAAAUGCUUAUAUUAUUACAUCUCAGUAUGACGUGUUAAGAGAUGAAGCUAUUAUGUAUUCUGAUAGAUUACAAAGAUCAGGGGUAAAGGUCAAACUACGCCAUUAUUUUAAGGGUUUCCAUGGUUUCUUUCAUUUCGCACACAAAUGUCUUUUACAGUUUAAGGAAGCUAAACUCGCGUUAGAUCAUUUGGUAUCUUUCCUUAAUUUCCAGUAUGACACUAACAGUGGAUAA